UUUAGCGGGUACAUUUUCGAUCUCGACUCGAUAGCACAGCUAAGUGAAGGGGCAUUGUUUUGAUGAAGAAGAUCCAGUCUGAUAAAAACGAACGAGAUUAGAGGUUAUCUCGGGUUUGUUUACCCGGUUCACGAGGCGAUGAGAGCGUAACUCGACUUUUUUUCUGGCAGGUUAUUUUUUUACUUAGAAAAGUCCUAAUGCUAACUAGCCUCCAGAGCUAACGUCAGCUAAGUAACUGGAGUGUUGUGAUGUCCUGCGGCGGUGCAACGUUUUCUUGUUUCGUUGUCAACUCCAGCGGCUCGUAAAGAACAGGUCGAAAGCCGGCGUUUUGAAUGGCGGUGGCUCCUGCCUCGAUGGCAGAUAAAAUCAUUGUGCUUGAUGAGGAAGGCGAAGAAGAAGAGAGUCCUCAGCCCUCCUCCUCUGCCUCCAAAUCAAGCCCUGACCUUCAAGCCAAAAAUGUCUCGCCGCUCAAAGCUCAGCUGCCAGUGCCCACACACAUUACCCAGUCACCCUUCGCUACAGCGAAGAAGACCACGCAGUGUCUGCAGGCAGAGAAUCAGAAGUUGUUCACUGAGUUUGUGGAGCACUGCAGGCCCCUCACAGAGGACUGCCCGGAGGUCUUGACCUUCCUUCAGACAAAGCACUCCAAGGCCUGCCCGGACUUCCUGUCAUCAGUGGAGUUGAGGAACACUUUGGGACGAUGUUUGACUCGCGCUCAGGCCAACCGCUCUAAAACAUUUGUCUACAUCAGUGAACUGUGUACUGUGCUCAAGCAGCAUGCCAUCAAGAAGAGGCAAACCCUCUUCAAGGUUGACCAUGGGCCUUCUACCUCAACGUCGAGUGAUCUUCAGUCUACCUCCGUCACGCUCAAAAGUACAAGCAAGAGUAAAGGUAACCUGGACGAGGAGGAAGAAGGUGUGCAGCCGGCAGCAGAUGAAGAGCAGCCUUCCACCUCAGGACAGCAAGAGAACAGAGAGGCAGACCGAGAAGAGGAGAGAAAAGCUAAAAGAGCCUCCAGGAAGCAGAUAGCGUACCUGGAGAACCUGCUGAAGGUGUACAACGAGGAGAUCUGCCGCCUGCAGCAGGCUGAGCUGAGUCUCACUGACAUGGAAGCGGAGGACUCGUUAUACAUCCAGGAGCACAAACUCAAACGCAAGAUGAUGAAGAUUUAUGAAAAACUGUGUGAACUAAAGGGCUGCAGCACACUAACAGGCCGAGCCAUUGAACAGAGAAUCAGCUACAAAAGCACUCGUUACCCUGAGAUCAACAGGAGGAUCGAGCGUUUCAUCAACAGUCCCGAGGUACGACAAAACCCUCCUGAUUACCAGGACAUCCUCCAGCAGGUGUUGCGUGCCAACGAUCGCCACAACCUCUGCUUGACCAGGAAGCAUAUAAACCAGAUCGCCCAGGUGGCGUUCAGAGAGACCGGGAGCCGCAUACAGGACCGCCGUCACCUGGACCUCGUCUACAACUUUGGCUCUAGCCUCACCGACACCUAUAAGCCUGCCACAGACCCAGCUCUGAAGGACCCAUCACUACUGAAGAAACUGCGGUUGAACCGAGAAGUUGCUCUAACUAGCCUGGAGGAGGUCAUCAAGAAGUACGCUGUGAAACAGGACGACACGGAGGAGAAGGAGAGGAGCAAACGACUGCAAAAAGACAGGAAGGACAAAGAGGGCCACACGUCAGGAAAAAAAGUGGAAACUGAAGAGAUGAAUGGCGUGUCUGAGGAGGAGGAGGAAGAGGAUGAAGAUGAUGAAUCCUCAGAUCCAGACAUAGAGGAAGAGAUCCAGGCCAGCACUCAGCAGGCUGGACCAGAUGAAGAAGACAACGAGGAAGACGACAUUAACGAGGUGGAACAAGCGAGCGAAGGCACCAACAAGGAGGAUCAGAACGAUGAUCAGAUUGCACACGUUUCUGCAGGCGAAGAAGGAAGCUUGAAAGAUGAGGACGAGCAGGUUACGAGUCCUGCUUCUGAUGAGACAAAGUCCCAGAUCUCGCCGCUGUCUGAUAUCCCCUCCCCCGCAGAAAGCCCCAGCCAAUCAGAGCCCAUGCAGACUGAUGACCAGAGGCCGUUAUCGAAUGGUGACCACAAGAGCUUACAGGAACCUGCAGAUUCUUCCAGUCAUGAGUCAGUCGUCCUGUCAAACUACAACCAAGGCAAAACGGGCCUCACAGCAGCAGCCAAUGGGAAAGCAUCUCCGUCAUCGCCAGAAGACGGCAUGGAAAGGUGCGGCACGCAGACAAGCAAUGGCACGUCUCCACCGCCCAGCCCCAGAACCACGAGGAGCCAGAAGAGGAAGUGGGAGGAAAGCAACUCGCAGAGUAGAAAGAACCUAAUCAUCCACGACAGCGAUGCGGACAUCCCUCUGGAUAUGGGCGUUGUGACCUACAACUCUCCAGAGACCACUCGAGCAAACACGCCAACGCAGGAAGUGGUCAGCAGCUCGCAGUCGACACCGCCACCGAAGAAAAACAAGGUCAACGUGGCGACACCAGACGAAAUCAUCGUCCUGUCAGACUCCGAUUGACCUUUAACCUCUGAACUCUGACUAGUCAUUUACAGCAGAGGAAGUCUGAGGUUUGAAGCAAAUAAAAGCCAACACAACUGUUUUUGUAAAGAACUGGAAUGAAAUGUUUGUGAUUCAAUGUGUAUAAACGCCAGCUGAGGCAGCAGGUUCUGGGAUGCCCCUGCUGUGCACUACAGAAUAAAGUUUUCAUUUGAUCCGAGCAGGGAAACUCGAGCUGACGCUGACCUCGGCUGCUUCUUGCACUUUGGGUACAGAAACUAACCGCCACUCAUUGUGUCGCUAAAAAUAGUGAAAUACAUUCUGUUUUUUUACUGCUCUGAAGCUGAAAAUACUUCACUGGGAUUCUUUUUACUCGACCUGAACGCUGAUUUGUGGUUGGUGUGUUUUUAGGUAACAAUCAGUGCCUGAUUAAAAUUGAACUGAGCAGUCAGACGUGAGGCCCAGAUGUUGAAUUUCACUGGACAUGGCUGCUCUGGCAAACUUCCAGUUUGUUUACAUUUUUAUAUUUCAAAUCUGUUUUCUUGACAGAGCAGGCGGUGAGGUGAUGUUCUCUAUUAAAGUCUUUCUAUUGAUGUUGUUUUAUUUGCUGCUAUUUAUGAUCUGAGCGAGCUGUGCCGUGGUUUCAGUUGCAGCAACGACAACAGGAAAACAUUUACACUGCUUAGAUGUUUCCUCUCACAAUUUCGAUUCAAAAUGAAUUCGGUUAAAAGGUUUAAAAUAAAGUAAUUUACCUACUGAGGCAGGUGCUGGUGAGGCUGCAGGAACAGCUACAGGAACGGAAACGCUGAAAGUUCUCUUAGCAAACCCCACAAAAAAGCAAUCCCCCACCCCCCCCAAAAAACUGCAACAAAGUCUUCCUGCUUAAACAUGUUGUUGUGCUGCAUCACUCACAGGAGACAAAAGCAUUAAUCUGAACUAACCAAAUCACUUUUGAGUCAUUUGUGGGACUUUUGUUGAUUUAAAAACUAAAACACACCAGUGAGCCACAAUUUUCAACCUUUUGAGGAUUUUAAAAUAAUGCUACACUCACAGAAUGUAUUAAUCCUCGUCUGAAAAGUAGUUCUAAACAAAUCCACUCCUCCUUUUGGAGUAGCGUAUGCUGAAAACUACAUGCCCAGCUGUUUUAAGAAAUAACUGCAUAUUUAUGAGCCUCAUUUCCAGCCGUCUCUAAUCAUAACCAGCAGUAAAGCGCAGGAAGUUAUGACGCGUACCGCUUGUCGAGGGGUAAGCAAUAUAAAUAACAGCAGUCUUAUCUUUAAAGCGGUCAAAUUUCAUCCCAAGACAGACGAACUCUACCUCUGCCCGCAAGUGUGCGUAAAAGAUGGAUGUAGUCGACAUCAUCCAUUUGUUCCUUAAGUCCUGAUAUGUCGAGCUGAAUGUUUUGGCGAGGUCACGCUGAACCCCCUUUAGGUAGUGACCUGUCAAUCAUGAAGUAGGCCUGUUUUUCACCGGGUGCAUUUGUUUGUCCUCGUUUUUCUAACGAGGAUCAUAAUUUACUAAAUAAACGUCAAAUUCAAGAAGACCCAAAAGCAGCGACUGAGUCCAUAAAGUCUUAACAGCUCAUAGGUCGAUGCAGAUUUCUAUAGGCUGACAUCUUUGCAAGUAAUCGCUCCCUGCUGGCCGUUAGAAAGAUUACAUGGUGCUUCCACGCUGGCUUUACUGUUAUUAUACAGUAAUAACAGUCUGAGCGCCUCUGCGUGAUAACCACGUUCUUUCUUCCUGCUGCCAAAGCUCACCUCAGCCAAAACUAAACAUGAACACAAAGAUCACUGCAGGUCUGGUGACUCUGCGUUUGGGUCCCUUUAGAGAUCCUGAACACCUUUAAUUAUAAAUACAUUCUGUACUUUAUUCAAGGUUUGUUUUGUCUUUUGUGUUUUUGUUCUCGUGUCGGUGCACUGGGCAUUGCGGAAAAUUGAGAAAUACUUUUUAAAAACCUUUGUUGGGUUGUUUUUUUGUUUGCUUUAUGCAGGCUUGGAGUUCAAUUGUUUUUUUUUCUUUUCUUUUUUGUAGUAGCAGAUCGCCUCACAGGUGAAACGAUGAUAUUUUGGGGUAAAAGCUCUUUUCAGAGUUAAUAAAAUGCCUGGAAUGUUACCUUUGCUGCGAUCUAUUAGGCCUCAUUUAUGCAGAGGAACGUUUCGUCAUUCACUAUGAAUUUGUUCAUUUUUUUUUUCAUUUUUGAUAUUAAAAUAAAUACUUUUGUCAUAAAA